AUUAGGUACGCAAACCCGGAAGGGCCGGUCCCACAGCCCCGCCUCCGACGCGACUAACGACUGGAGGGUUGGGGUGGUAUCUCCCAGAUGGAUCUGGUAGUCGGCCAGCGAGCAGCAUGGAGGCACCCUGGGGGAUCGUCAACGCUGAGCGGAGCUGGUACGUCUCUGCCCAGCAGCCUGAAGAGGCGGAGGCGGAAGACUUGAGCCCGUUGCUAAGCAACGAAAUUUACAGACAGGGAACCCCAGGUGUUUCAUUUGGUUUUUCUGUGUUUAAUCUGACGAAUGCCAUCAUGGGAAGUGGCAUCCUUGGCUUAGCUUAUGUUAUGGCUCAUACUGGCAUCCUUGGAUUUAGUUUUUUGCUGUUGAUAGUUGCUGUCCUGGCUUCUUACUCAGUUCACCUCCUGCUUAGUAUGUGCAUUCAGACAGCCGUGACAUCUUAUGAAGAUCUUGGACUCUUUGCAUUUGGAUUACCUGGAAAGGUGGUGGUAGCCGGCACCAUCCUGAUUCAGAAUAUUGGAGCUAUGUCAUCUUAUCUUUUAAUUAUUAAAACAGAGCUUCCUGCUGCUAUUUCAGAAUUUUUGUCUGGAGACCAUACUGGGUCUUGGUAUCUUGAUGGACAAACACUACUAAUAAUCAUUUGUGUUGGAAUUGUGUUCCCUCUUGCACUUCUUCCUAAAAUAGGCUUUCUUGGCUACACAAGUAGUUUAUCAUUUUUCUUUAUGGUGUUCUUUGCUCUCGUGGUAAUAAUUAAAAAGUGGUCCAUUCCUUGUCCUCUGCCACUAAAUUAUGUAGAGCAAUACUUCCAGAUUUCAAAUGCUACAGAUGAUUGUAAACCAAGGCUCUUUCAUUUCUCCAAAGAGAGUGUUUAUGCCAUACCUACCAUGGCUUUUUCAUUUCUCUGCCAUACCUCCAUAUUGCCAAUAUACUGUGAACUUCAAAGCCCUUCAAAGAAAAGAAUGCAAAAUGUAACCCAUACAGCAAUUGUUUUAAGUUUUCUCAUUUAUUUUGUAUCUGCACUCUUUGGGUACCUCACUUUUUAUGACAAAGUGGCGUCAGAAUUACUGCAAGGUUAUAGCACAUACUUGCCCCAUGAUGUUGUUGUCAUGACUGUGAAGUUAUGCAUACUAUUUGCUGUGCUUUUGACAGUCCCUCUAAUCCACUUCCCUGCACGGAAAGCUUUAAUGAUGAUAUUUUUCUCCAACUUUCCAUUCUCAUGGAUUCGCCAUUCUUUGAUCACUCUAGCACUCAAUAUUAUCAUUGUUUUGCUUGCAUUAUAUGUUCCUGACAUUAAGAAUGUAUUUGGUAUAGUUGGUUCCAGUACAUCAACAUGUCUGAUUUUUGUAUUCCCAGGACUAUUUUAUCUUAAACUUAGCAGAGAGGAUUUUCUCUCAUGGAAAAAGCUUGGGCAACCACAUGCCAAAGACACUAUUGCUUCCGUCGUACAGACGAGGAAAUCGCUUCACAGAGAUUAAAUACUGUGUCCAUUGUCAGAACUGGUCAGAGUCAGGGUGGAGGACUGAUUCCAAAGGCCAGUUCUGAAGCACUGAAGCAGGUGACAGACCCGUGGAGCCGUGCUAUGUUGCCUGUGCCACUUAGCUCUGCAUGGGUGAGACCAGCUGGGCCUCAGGGAGACCCCUCAGGGGAGCACGCGGUAGUGCUGGGUCAGGCCCCACGUGCACAUGCACUGUCUCUGUUGCCUGGCUGGCAGUAAUGACGGCACAGGGACCGCUGCUGGUGCUUUUCUGAACCCGCUGACCUCCAAGCACAGUGGCCCUUGAGGGUAUGCUCGGAUGGAUGGACAGUUAACCCCCUCCACCUUCAUCUGUGCUGUGUCCUACCUAUUAACAUGUGUCCUCAAUGUAUUAAAAUGUUGAGAUCUUUGGGCGACCACCACUUUCACUUGCAACUGUCCCCUGGCACAUAGCUAAAACAAGAAAACUGGUCUGCCUAUUACAUCUGCAGUAAGAGUCUCCCUACCUUACAGGAAAGUCAGAGUAUGUCCCACAGUCCUGCUGACUGUCUUGAUUUUGAUUUUGGGCCAAGGCCUGUUGCCAUGGGUCCCCCCACUGGGCUUUCUCAUUCUGUGAAUGUCUGUUUUAGUCAAGCAAACAAGCAUUACAAUGGAGAUAACAUUGGCUAUGAUGGCAGCAUGCUGAGGGGCACCUACUGUGGGCGGGAAAGUCCAAGAAAGCGUUCUGGGAGUGGAUGACCCUCUUGAAGAGUAAGUGAGUCAGCCAGUGAAAAGGAGUGUGAGGGCACUCCAGGCAGAGGGAGCAGCACAAGUAAAGGCCUUAGAGGCAUGAUUACAAGCAGUCAUGAACACACCUGGACUCCGACUGGAAGGGCUCUGACGAGAGGGUAGAAACCCAGGUCAUCCCUGACCCUUCUCUACUGUCUAUUUAAGUAACAUGAAUGAUGCUCUUGCCCCCAGCCCUAGAGAAGACAUCUCUGAAGACUGUUUUCUUAGGAAAUGUCUUCUCAGAAUGACCCUACAGACAACAGUUGUUUCCCCAGUAUUCUCUCACCAUUGAACACACCUAGGAAUAAUUGAAAAACCAGGCAAUUGAAUGCCCCUCUUGUAAAUCACCAUCACUUCAAAGCAAACCUUAGUGUGCACUUUGUAAGCCAUGCUGAGUAUCUCAUACUUGCCCCUCAACUUUUCACAUGCUGCUCUCAGUCAAGGAGGCAGACCCCUGUGGACUGUGUCAGUGGGUUUGUUUGCCUCUGGCUUUCCAUUGGGUUCAGCCAAAGAAAGACACCCAUGGGAGGUCAGAGAGGAAAGAAAAGUGAUGUCAGGGUAAUUACCCCUCCACACCCCCUCUCUGCUAGGCCAUGUUGGCUGCAUCUCUCUACUGAAGGCACAACUCCUGUCAGGUGGCCCUCUCCAUAUAGCCAUCCUUGCUGGGGGCUUCUUCUUUGCCCCUUCAGUCAUAAGGUAGUAAUAACUACCUCUCCCUCAUUGUUACUAGCUGUUAUGGGCUAAGUUGUGUCCUCUUCCAAAUUCAUAUAUUGAAGCCCUAACCCCCAUUACUUCAGACUGUAACUGGACUUGGGAGAUAGGGCGUUUGAAAAGGUGAUUAAGUUAAAAUGGGACCUUGAAUGGGCCCUUAUCCAAUCUGACUGGCAUCCUUACAAGAAUAAGGAACUUAGACAAAGAGAUACCAGGGAUGCUCAUUUACAGAGGAAUACCAUGUGAGAACACAGCAAGCAGGCGUCCGCCCAUCUGCAAGUCAAGAAGAGAAGCCUCAGAGGAAACCAAACCCGCCAACGCCUUGAUCUUGGAUUUCUAGCCUCCAGAACUAUGAGCAAAUACAUUUCUAUCGUUGAAGCCACAAGUCUGUGUUAUUUUGUUACAGCUGCCCUAGCAAACUCAUACAUUGGCCAGGAACAUACUUCACUGUCCUUCAGUGAUUUCCUUAAACCCUGCUUAUUACCUUGUGUAAAGUUUCUUUACUACACUUUCCUUUUGAACAUAUCACCUGUUUUCUUUUUUCCUGACUGAGAGACAAGCUUAGACUCCAACAAGAGGGCUUAGGGACAAAGGCGAGGAUGUAGGUUGCAGAAAGCAGCUCCCAUGUCAACUCCCUCCAUUGCAUGAAUGCAUCAAGCGCUCUAGGGCUACUCCAAGACAUGUCUCCUCCUUAGGAGCCCAGUGACUGUGGUCCUUACUCCUAUGAGCUUCGAUUUUCCUAUCUGUGAGGCGUAGAUCACGAAGUCUACCUCCUUAGGGGGGUAUUUUGAGAUGAAUGUGGGAGGCAAGUAUGAAUCCACUGAGUCUCAAACCCUACAAAAAAGCAGAGGGCUCUUCUAGAGCCUCUCUGUAAGCAAUUUCAUUGAUAAAUAUGCACGGAGCAUUGACGUCUUCGAAAGCAAGAGCAUGGUGGUUUUUACUUUGAAGCACAGCCCUGAGUGUGGUAAAGGAGAGGAGCUCCGCUGGCUGCUCAGCUGCCCCUGUUCGCUCUUCACUAACAGGAAAGAGAGAAAUCUACUCUUCCUUUUCAACUGAUACAGACCCCAUCCAAACAACAGGCCUCUCUCUGUCCUGUCCCUCCUGUUUGUUAGAGAGUGAAGGCAAAUGAACCAGCUGGAAGCCAGAGCAGCUCAGAUCCCGAAAAACGUACACAGUGUGGAGUGGGAACACAGGGUGUCUCCUGGAUCCCGUUUUCUAUUGCCAGUAAACAUGGCUUCUCAACCACAUUAUCGUCACCUGCCGAGACUGAAACAGUCUCCACGCCCCCAGCUGCAGAGGGCGCUCUCCAGUCCCAGGCUCCUAGAGGACAACUGUGGGGGCACAAACAGGCACGGGAGACUGAGACAGAGUCUGGAAAUCCAAGGGCCCCAGAAGGUCACUUGCAUCCUGACUGCGCUCUCUGCAAGCUGUGUUCUCUACUGACCUUUCCCAGUGCGGGACUGAGGACCCCGGCUUCCUCCCCAGCUGGACCUCUGGCUCUCCACAGGGUAGGCUGGCUCCUGGAAGGGGGCUCCCUCCAGGCCGGUGGGAGCACGUCCGUGCUCGUGCGAUUGUCACAGGUAUUCCUGUGAGUAUGAAAAGCCUAUUGAGGAAUGAAAUGGCCGUGUGGGCUAGCCAGGUAUGAAGAAUAUAAAACGCUCAAGAUGUAGACGUAUAGAAGGACCCUCACCUCCACUCUUAUUAAAGUAAACAAACUCCGACAAGCUCCAAGGGGCCCCUCCAAGAGCUGAGGUUACAGGGCAAGCAACUAGGCUGAAAUCUAAGGGUCAGUGGGGGCGGGUGGAAAAGCGCAGGCCACGAGCCCUUGCCUCCCCGGGGGCUGAUGUGGCCAACAGAAGUCACCUGGAGUAGGGAGCGAGUUAGCAGAGAAUGAGUGGGGGCUGGUGAGGGAGUGUGAGCCCCUGGGACCACACAUACAAGGGAGUUUGCAUCUGUUUUGCAGGCUCUUCUCCGUGAAGCCCAUCAGACACUCACAGAAAAGACUGGCCAAAGUCCCGGGAAAGAAUCCCUCCAUGGGGCAGUCCAGGGAGGGGAAAAAUACCCACUGUGGAGGGACCUAAAACCAG